UUUCACUUUCAUGCAGCAGCUGCUUCGUGACGCUUCACGUUACACGGUUGGUGAAACCAGUGUUUGUUCUCCUGCUGAGUUCUGGUGUGACAGAGUAACGUCAUGGCUGCAGCACCUGAUGAGCCAUCUUCCACUCUCAGUCCUUGAAAUGUUCCCCGAAGAUAUCCUGCAUGCAGCCACUGGCAGUAACUACACCCAUCGAUCCCGGGUCGAUUGUUGCACUCCGACUUGCAUUUCGUCCAUCACUACUCCGAGGUCCCGUGGCAUGUCGCUUUGCUCUGGUCUCAGCCGCCUCCUUGUCACUCCUCUGUGGUCCCACAGGGCGUCCCGUGCUCUGAACUCAGCCGGUACCUGUCUCGGCUGCUAUCCUCCGAUCCCAGCCGUCUGCUGUCUCUCUGUGGGCUCUGCCUAAAUCAGAGCUGGACUGGGACAAGAAAUAGGCCCAGGCAUUUUGAGCUGAGACUGGCCCACCAGAUGUUCAACCUCUAAAACGCAGUGGGAGCUAUGAACUCCUACCACCUGACAUGUCGGAGAUGAGGAUGGUUCUGCUGGGAGGCAGCUGGUCUGAGAGGAAUUCAGUGGGGAACUUCAUACUGGGAGUGGAUGCUUUUAAUAAAGAACUUCAGUCCUGUUUGAGAAUCAGUGGAACAGAGAAAGAGGACAAAAUAGCCGUCAUCAAUACUCCAGAUCUGCAGUUUCCUACAGCAGACAAACUGACAGAGUUUGUAAAAGAUUGUACGAGUGUCUCUGAUCCUGGACCUCAUGUGUUCCUGUUGGUUCUGCAGCCUGAAACUUUCACUGAGGACCAGAAAGAUAUUCUCUGCAGAGUGCUCCAGAGUUUCAAUGAUCAAUCAUUUAAUCAUUCACUGAUUCUGAUUUUACCUCCCAGACAGGAAAGUUCAGGUUUGAUGGAAGAUUACAUGAAACAGCCUCCGUUAAAGGAGAUGAUCAGAAAAUGUAGAUACAGAUAUCUGAUGCAGAAGAACCUUGAACUUCCAGAGCUGCUAACACGCUGUGGUCAGAUUGUUAAAGAGAACAAUGGAGGACAUGUGAGUUAUGAAGAGUUUGAGGAAACAACAGACAGUUUACCAGAUGAUCAUCAAAGCCUGAAACAGAAGAUACCAGGUUACAUCAUGACUGCUGUUACAGAUGCUGGUCUGUGUGCAGCUAAUUUAAUCUCCCAACUUCCAUCCUUUGGGAAGAAUCCUUCAUCUGACACAUCUGAUCUCAGGGUUGUGCUGUUGGGAAAAAGUGAGGACAAGAAGAUAAAACUUGGUAAUUUUAUAACUGGAGGACAAAGUUUUCAUCACCAGAUAUAUCAUCUAACCAAACCCUGUGUGUCCUCCUGUGGAAAGUGGAGAGGAAAACCAGUGACUGUAGUAAAAACUCCGGAUCUGUUCAGUCUGUCUGAGGAAGACGUGAGAAGAAAAGUGAAGGAAUGUGAGCGUCUCUGUCCUCCUGGACCAAAUGUUCUGCUGCUGUUAGUGAAGCCUUCAGAUUUCACUGAAAAUGAGAGAAAAUCCCUGAAGUCCAUCCUGAGUUUGUUUGGAGAAGAUGUCUUCAGAUAUUCGAUGGUCAUCAUCACACAUGAGAAUAAAAUGAAUGUUCCUGUUAAUGAACUCAUUCAGGACUGUAAAGGAAGACAUUACAUCAUGUCUGAAGGUCGUCAUGGAUCACUGAUGGAGAAGAUUGAAGAAACAGCAAAUGGUUAUAAUGAACUCUCCCUGCUGGCAGAGAAGAAGAAAGCAGCAUUAAACCUGGUUGUGUUUGGGAGGAGAGGAGCAGGGAAGACUUCAGCAGUCAAGGCCAUUUUAGGUCAGACAGAGCUUCGUUCAGCCUCCAGCUCAUCAGAGUGUGUUAAACAUCAGGGAGAGGUGUGUGGACGUCGGCUUUCUCUGGUGGAGAUGCCUGCCUUGUAUGGAGAACCUCAGGAGGCAGUGAUGGAGGAAUCAUUCAGGUGUGUCUCCCUCUAUGAUCCUGAGGGGGUCCAUGCCUUCAUCCUGGUCCUACCUGUGGGUCCCCUCACUGAUGAAGACAAGGGAGAGUUACAGACCAUCCAGAACACAUUCAGCUCUCGAGUCAAUGACUUCCUCAUGAUUCUGUUCACUGUGGAGUCAGAUCCUGCAGCUCCAGCUGUUGUUAACUUCAUCAGAGAGAACAGAAACAUCCAGGAGCUCCGUCAGAGCUGUGGAGGAAGAUCUGUUGUUCUCAACAUCAAAGAUAAGCAGCAGGUGACUGAUGUGAUGCAAUCAGUAGAAAAUAUUAGAGCUGAGAGACCAGAAGGCUUCAAUAAAGACACGUUCACCAGGAUUCUGAUGGAGAUAUUAACAAGACUUAAAACUGAGCUGCAACAGAGGAACAAGAUGGAAACCAGAGAAGAAAAUCAGAGCAAUGAUUGUCUCAGGAUGGUGCUUGUUGGACGGACUGGCAGCGGGAAGAGUGCAACUGGAAACACCAUUUUAGGAAAAAAACAUUUUACAUCUAAAGCCAGCACAGAGUCAGUGACAAAGUUUUGUGAGAAAAAAACAGGAGAGUUUGAUGGUCAUCCAGUUGUUGUUGUUGACACCCCCGGCUUGUUUGACACGUCUCUGUCCAAUGAAGAUGUUCAAGAGGAGCUGGUGAAAUGCAUCAGCUUGUUGUCUCCUGGACCUCAUGUGAUCUUACUGGUCCUGCAGAUCGGCCGGUUUACUAAAGAGGAACAAGACUCUGUGGAGCUGAUCAAGAAAUACUUCGGUAAACAUUCAGAAGAUUACAUCAUGAUCAUCUUCACCAGAGGAGAUGAUCUUGAAAAUAAGACAAUUGAGAAUUACAUAGAGGAGUCUAAAAUUGUAAAGAAACUGAUAAAAGAUGUUGGAGAACGUUAUCAGGUCUUCAAUAACAAGAAUCAAACCGACUGCACACAAGUAAGAGAGUUGAUGACAAAGUGCAACAAAAUGCUGAAGAAAAAUGGUGGCAGCUGCUACACGACUGAGAUGUUCCAGGAGGCCGAGGCAGCGAUUCAGAAGGAGGUGAAGAAGAUCCUGAAGGAGAAGGAAGAGGAGAUGAAGAGGAAGGAGGAGGAGCUUCAAAGAAAGCAUGAGGAAGAAAUGGAAAACCUGAUGAAACGAUUAAAAGAAGAGACAGAAAGAACUGAAGAGGAGAGAAAACAGAGAGAAAAACAACUUCAAGAAAUGGAGGAAAAAAUUAAAAAAGAACGUGAGGAGAGAAAGAGAGAACAGGAAACGAGAGAAGAAGAAGACAGAAGCAGGAAACAGAAAUAUGAAGCUGACCAACAGGAGUGGGAGGAAAAACUAAAAGGAACAUUAGAGCAGAACAGAGAAGAGAUGAGAAAACAGCGAGAGAAGUGGGAACAUGAACAAAAGCAGUCAAGGGACAAACGAUAUCGAGAAGAAGAAAAGAGACGAGAGGAGGAGCAGGAAAGACUUAGAAAGCUUCAGGAAUCAUACGAUCAGGAACGAACAAAAUAUGAAAAGCAAAGAAGAGAAGAAGAUCGUCUGAGACGAGAACAAGAGGAGAACGAGAGGAAACAGCUGGAGGAAAGUUAUAAGAAACAACUGGAGGACAUGAAGAAGAAAUAUGAAGAGGAAGCCAGAAAACAAGCUGAAGAAUUCAACGAGUUCAGACAGAAAUACGCCAAAGAUUUUACAGCUCUGGUGGAAAAACACAUGGAGGAAAUACAGGAACUGAAGCAAAGUCAUGAGAGACAAAUGCAAGAGGCUGAAAAGACCCACAACAGAGAAACUGAACUGUUACAAAACCUGUCAAGCAACAAAGAAAAGAAUCUGAAGAAGGAGAUGGAGAAAAUGAAGAAAAAGCACGAAGAAGAAAUAAAAGACCUGAAAAAGAAGUACGAUGAGAAAUGUAUCAUCCUCUGAUCCUCCAGUUGUUCCAGUUCCUGAUGUUUAAACGUCCCUGAAAGAUCAUCAGUUGCCUGAACUCUCACUUCCAACCACAUGGUCCAGACUGAAGAUGCUGGUCUCUCUCCAUCUCCAGGGAGUUUUAGGGUUCAUAAAUAUUAGAAGCUAACGCAGCUUUUGUUGUGUCAUGUUAUUGAUAUAGUGGAAAUGUUCUCAAAGUGGAAAGUUAGAGGAAUCGUAUCUUUCAUGGGUUUUUUAAGACGUUGGACAAGUUGAGAUAACCGUAAUGAAAUGUUCAUUUUUUCUUUAUUUUUGUUUUCACGACUCUUUUCCAAGUUUUCACUCAUUACAGAUGUUUUUAGUUGUUUGUUCUGUAUGUUCAGUUUUGUCUUUAAAAAUAAAAUACAGCUGCAAGUGAUUUACAUAACAUUAAAUUUCUGCAUGUUCAAACACUCCCGUGUUGUUUUGGUGGAACGUUUU